CUUCUACCUCGUCCAUCUUACCACGUAUCCGCACACUCGACGAAUCUCUUCUAUACACUUACCACCUCUACAACUACCAAAGAUGGCCAACAACGCCAACAUGGAUGCCCUCCUCAAGUGGUCGAUGCAGCAGCAGUCUUCCGACCCACAAGCCCCCACGCCCUCGCAGCUAGCCGAAGACAUCAAAGCCGGCAAGAGGCCAGAUCUGGACCCAAAGGUUCUCGAGGCAAUGAUGGGCAAGAGUGAGGCGACGAUGAUGCAAGAGGAACUUAGGGCCGCUGUGGACUUCCAGAGGAGUGAGGAUGAUAGAGAGGUCGCGUUGGACAAUUUUGAGAUGCUAAUCGAAUCCAUCGACAACGCCAAUUUGAUCACCUCAAUGAAGAUGUGGUCUCCCCUUCUCGCCCUCCUCUCCUCUACCUCCUCCUCUCCCCGCCUGCAAGUCGCCACCCUCUGGAUUCUUGGUACAGCUUGUCAGAACAAUCCUUCUGCGCAAGAUGCACUCCUGCACGCCCAUUCCACACCCGAAGGUGCAGGUGGGGAACAGGCUCUGGACCUUAUCCUAGCCAUUCUGAGGGAUAGUCAAGACAUGGCAGUGAGAGCAAAGGCAAUGUAUGCCCUUUCAGCCCUGCUGGGCCACCAUCCCCGUGCCGUCAAAGCCUUUGGCGAAAAGGGAGGCUACGAGGUUCUCAAGGGAGCGCUCAGAGACCCAAGUAUCAACAUUCGCCGCAAGACUGCAUUUCUCAUCAAUUCGCUUCUGUUGCAGGACGACUCGGCAGCACACGCUGCAGCCUCUGCGCCACUCCUGCUAGGUGCUCCCCCCGCUUCGGGUUCGGGUUCGGGCUCGACUUCGACUUCGACUGCUGCUUCGGACGAUCUGCCCACCAUAAGUACACCAGGUGCAGCAGCAGCAGCAGCCGCGACGGCGAGUAGCGCCACUUCGUCGCGAGCAACAGGCGUGACUCUCCCUCCCGGCUCAACACCCGAUCGACCCGUCUCGAAUCCUGCUCCGUUGGAGAAGCCUCCCGUGACAUCGACGGCGGCUUCGGGCAUCGUGCACCCGAGUGUACCUGCUGCGCUUCUCGCGUCGAAUUUGCUCGUGACGCUGGCGUAUUCGCUGCUCCCGAGCAGCUUAUCCAGUAGCAGUAGUAGCAGCAGCGGUAGCGGUAGCGCCAGCGCCAGCGGCAGUGGCAGUAAAAGCCAAAGUGCAGGUGCGGAAGAGGAGGACUACGCCGACGCUCGAGUCCCCUCGCUUGGCCUGGACGGUGACGGGGAAGAGGCGCGCACCGAUGAAGACUAUGCGGAGAAGGCUUUGCGUGCUCUCCUCACCUUUACGACUCGAUUGGAAGAGGACAAGCAGCUUAGCGCAAAGACGCGAUUGAGCGAGGUGGCUAGGAGGGGUUUAAGGGAGGUCAAGAGCAGGAUGAGUGAGAGUGGUAGUGGUAGUGGGGUGGAAGGUGAAGGGGAGUGGGAUUGGAAGAAGUUGGGGUUGGAGCAAGUGGAUUGGACUGAAUUCGAACGUGCUGUUGAGAGGAUAGCGGGACAGUAGAGUGGGUAGGAUGGACCAAGAGCGACAGCGCAACCUCCCCUAGCUUCGCUUGCAUUCACUCACCUCAUGAAAUGAUAGAAAUCCAUUAGAGGAGCAGAGCAUAGCAUAGCAAAUCAGACAGUUCAAUUUUCAUCUCAUCCCAUUCCACACUCUA